AUGGGAGAUCAGAAUGGAGGGACUUCCACUCAAAAGUGGGCCAUGUUUAUGGCAGGGCUGACUCUGUUGCAGUCUCUCCGUGUGGCGUUAACUGGAGCAAAGUUUGCACUUGACAGAUUUAAAAUUCCUCAGCAGUAUGCCAGUUCGUUCAUUAACAUGGUCCAUAAUCCUAUGGAACUUGCAACGUUUACUGGAAUGGCUAUUGUUACUUCUAUAGCAUUAGUGACGGGUGAUGGUUCCAAGAAUGGCUUCAGGUAUUUUGCCAUGUUUACCAACAUAGCACUGUGUUGUUCAUUCAUUCUACUCCUCAUCGCAUUUAAAUCUGGAGGUCAAAUGGGUAAUCUCACCUUCUAUUACUGGUCUAUCGUAUUCGGUUCAUUUAUCUAUGGAAUGAAUGUAGCAGCUGUAAUGAAUGUUGGAAGCGCAAAUGCCGCCUUUUUCAAUGUAGGAAUCCCUCUCUCUGGUAUCCAAGUGUCUAUCUAUUACUAUGUCUUCACUAAGUUGGCUGAGAGGUAUCAGUGGUCAAAUGUUAGCUACAGGAUUAUAUACUGGCAGCUUAUCGUUGCGAUAAUUAUAUCAUUUGCCUCUGCUGCUGUCUGGAUCAUUGCCUAUACACCUGGAGGUGGUGGAGGAAGUGAUACUGCCCCUCAAGAUUUAGGUGAAGAUGCUGCUUUAUCCCCGAUUCUAAUGGGUAUGGUUGGUAUGGGUGGUAUAUAUGCUUUCUAUCCAGCUAUCGCUCCUUAUAAGUUGACUGACGUUGGCACUGGUUAUAAGAUUGACCUGGUUGUCUUAUUUGCUAGCGCCGUUCCUGGUAUUUUAAUUGCCAUCUUAUGCCUAUACACUGAUAAGGGUCCAGAUAAAAAUUGGAGGACUAAUAAUGCUCAGUGGUGGCAUGCUAGUUGGAUUCUGGCAAUUCCACAUAUUACUGCCAUGAUCUUGUGCCUUGUCACACUUCAUUACCCUGAUGGUAGAGUAGCUAGUUCUAUAAAGAGUAGUGGUUUAAAAGUUGGAGUCAUUACUGUGACAUUAAAGUUUUGUGAGGAGGGAUUAAAGGCAGUUUCAUAUGCUGGAGCCGGUAAGCAAGUAGGUAAAUACUGCGACUGCAAAGAGUCAAAUGGAUGCCAACAAGGAUGCGAAUGCAAAAAAGCCGGAGGAGGUACUUGCAAAUGCCAAGAGACAUGCAUCUGCAAAGACAACUGUACCUGCCCAUGCUGUAAAGACAAGGAUGGUGGUGCUAUCUCCUCUUUUAAUGCGUUUACAUCCCAAGGUUUAAUGAUCGUCUUAGCCUUUACUGGAGAUGGAUACCUCAAGACUUACUCCAAGUAUGAACAUGACAGGAGUAACUGGCCUACUAAAGACUACGGGUUCUGGAGAUCCAUCUCUUACUGGGCAAGUAAUGGAGCAUAUGUUGCCUGCAAGAGCGUUAAAUCUUCUUUUACCAAGAAUGUUAGAUGUAAAGUUUUGGGUAAAUCAGAGGCUUUACUUAUAGUCUAUGAAGAUGAGGAAUUUUAG